AUGGCACCUGCACCAAUAGAUGAGCGUAUUAAGGAUGUUGCGGAACCACGCAAGGACACACUUGGCCUACCUGAACCGGCGCUACAGCGCCUAAAGAAAGCCGGAAUUGACCUUUCGAAUGGGUACCCAUACCGCCCGGCAAGGCCACUAUACCUUCAGGAUGUCUAUAACAUUAGAAAUAAAGAAUGGAAGCAUGAUGACGCCGGAGCACGCGCGGACAAAUCGAAGUCCGCGCUUUUCUCAGCUGCCACUAAGGUCACGGACCUUACCACACAUAUCGGUACUGAAAUCGAAGGGCUGCAAUUAAAAGACCUUUCGAACCAACAGAGAGACGAAUUAGCGUUGCUCAUCGCCGAGCGAAGCGUCGUCUUCUUCAGGGACCAAGAUCUCUCACCUCAACAGCAGUUAGAACUCGGAAAGUACUAUGGAGAAGUCGAAAUCCACCCACAAGUCGCGCAAGUCCCAGGCAACCUAGGAGUAACUGUAAUCUGGCCAGAUCUGCAAGCCACCGAGCGAGCAGCCAACUUCCGAAACCCCGGCGGGGCUUCAAGAUGGCACACCGAUUUAGUCCACGAGUUACAGCCCGCUGGAAUAACUCACUUGCACAACGACACUAUACCACCUAUCGGCGGCGACACAUUAUGGGCGAGUGGCUACUCGGCCUACGAAAAAUUAUCACCGGAUUUCCGUAAGAUAAUCGACGGAAAGCUAGCCGUUUAUCGAUCGGCGCACUCGUAUCUGGACCGGGACCACCCCGAGCUCGGACCGAAGUACAUUGAGCGAGUACACCCACUUGUCCGCGUCCACCCGGCCACGGGAUGGAAGGCUCUCUGGGUUAACCGCGUCAUGACGGAUAGAAUUGUGGGGUUGGACCGCAGCGAAAGCGAUCUUAUCCUAAAUUAUCUGUAUGAUGUUUAUGAGAGCAAUGUCGAUAUCCAGGUUCGGUUUCGGUGGACGCCGAACACUAGCGCUCUCUGGGAUAACAGAAUCACCAUACAUAACGCAAGCUGGGACUAUGGGGGGAAAUACCCAAGGCACGGAACGCGAGUCACAUCUCUAGCUGAGAAACCUUAUUUCGACCCAAGUGCUCCAACUCGGCGUGAGGCUCUCGGACUCCUGGAUGAGAGUGAGAAGCAGCUAGAUGGGCCGGCUUAA